AUGCCGACUCCGAACUCGAGCCUGAGUUCAAGGUCCGAGAAGCUGCCGGCCUGUGAUCCGUGCCGGGCACUGAAACUGCGGUGCGACCACAGGAGACCGGUUUGUUCGAGGUGCAAGGAUAGAAGCCGGGCUGCUGACUGUGUAUACCGGCCGAAACCGUUCAGACGGCCUCCGGCGCCCUUUAGGCGGAUAUCGAAACAGAAGCGAGUGACCCUGGAAGAUGUAGCAACAUCUUUUGCGUCAAGAUCAGGACCAUCCAGAGGUCUCGACAUUCCAUUGGACCAAUAUCCCAAUCCGGGCUACUUAGGUUCGUCCAGCCAUACGACACUUUUCGACCAUCUACGGCUUGGAAACAAUACAGAACAUGACGUUUCGGACCGAGAGACCGGACAUACCUCAAAUUCCCAGACCGACUGUGUGGUAGAUGACAUCUACAUCUCAAGAGGCGCAGAGCUAAUUCUUGAACUGCAUCGAAUAUCUACCAUGCAGCAAUUCGUACAAGUUUUCAAGAGUUGGGUAGCAACAGGAACAAAUCUCGCUUUAGCCGGUCCUCUUACGGGACCUUGUACGUCAACAGUUCUCCACACUCUGUCACAGUGCGAUGGAACACACACAACUGCAAUGGCUAUCUCUAGGAACCUCUUUUAUUCUACCCGUCAGUCUAUAAUGGCCAGUUCCGAAACAACAUUCGACGAAUACUGCACCAACUUCUCGGGACAUAACUCGCGGUGGGAGCCUUUUGGCAUAUUUUUUACUGCUGUUUGCCGAGCCUCGGUAGACUUGGCUUAUGCAGAACCGCUGUACGGUUCUGAGCAACAACGUCGUAAGAUCCAGAAGUUGACCCUGUCGUACUCGGACCGAUGUCUGGACCUCUGCCUACCGUUGGAUUGUAUGAAUGAUCUACAGCUUGUUCUACAGUAUGAGAAUUUUAUCUCUCAUUCCCAAGUGGACGGUGAUCAGAGCUACCUCUCUUGGCGGAAACUAGGAGAUGUAGCAGCCUCGCUUUUCGCUCUCGGCUAUCACCAGCAACAAACAGAAACAUUCCGCGCAGCCCCGCUCUUUCUUCGUGAUAUUCGCCAAAUAGCCUUUUGUCGAACAUACUCCGCAGAUAAGAAUGUGUCAAUAUUUCUCGGUAGGCCGCCUCGAAUUAUCCGCAAAUUCUGCCACUUUGGCCUUCCAGGAAACCAUGUAUUGUCCUCCCAGGUAGCAACCCGCCGGCCAGCGACCUGGGGGCCCACUGAACGGCCAGAUUUCGUUACGGACUCGAGGUGGGCUGCUCUCUGUGCAAUAAUAAAGGAAGAUAUAUUGGAUUUGUUCACUGUGGAAGAUUAUGAUGAGAGAUAUCGACGCGCACGGCCCAUUGAUGUAGAUACCCAUGCCCAAUGGAAUGGGGUCCCCGAAAGCUAUCGUCUUGACUGCAAUCUCAAGGCAUGUGGCCGGCGGCCAGUAGAGCGUGAUUUUAUGGUGAACAUGAAGCUCAACUAUCUUCACGUACAAUUUCUUCUGCAGCUGGCUUUAUUCAAUCCCAUGACCAUGAAUCCAAACCCGGAGUUGGUCAGGAUUUCGCUGGACAUGCUUGGUCUGGUCGUGGAGACGGUUAUGCUCAAAGACCAAAUAAUCAAUUCUGGCACGUCAUUGGUCUGGAAGGUAGCAUAUUACGGCUUAUCAGCUGCUGGGCUUAUAUCCCUCACGCUUAUUAAUCAGUCCUAUGCCAUGGAAGCCCUUCAUACUGGCAUGUCAAAAGUAUUCCAAGACCUGAGCAUCCUUGUUGGAGAGGUUGAACAUGGAACAUUGGUGUAUGUUGACUCGCCUAACUAUUCAUUGCUGGUCCGUGCCACACAAACGAUAAAGUCUCUACUACAUCGCAUGCUGUCGCCUUUGCACAACAAAACCACCGCUACGGGCAAUCAACCAAUUGAACUGGCAGAGUCCGAACAGAUGGCUGCCUUGGAUGAUGCGACAUGGGGUCUAUGGGACAAUAAUAGUCUUCAGGAUUUUGAAAUCAAUUUCUGGGAUCACCUUGCUGGCCAUCCCUUUCUUAAUGAUUAG